AAAAGCCGGCGUGGUAUUUUUUUACUAUCUUUCUUCCGGUCACCUUGCCCUCAAGUCGUGCGAAUUUUUUUUUGGAAAAAAUGCCUAACGAAAAUCAAAUUGACCUAUCCGGUGAUGGCGGCGUCCUAAAAGAGAUCCUGAAAGAGGGUCAGGGCACGGAGACGCCGCACACUGGCUGCACGGUGUCUCUGCACUACACCGGCCGCUUGGUGGACGGCACCGAGUUCGAUUCGAGCAUUUCCCGCGAGCCCUUCGAAUUUCCGCUCGGCAAAGGCAAUGUGAUCAAGGCCUUUGACAUGGGGGUGGCCACCAUGAAGCGCGGCGAGCGCUGCUUCCUCACGUGUGCCCCGAAUUAUGCCUACGGGGCUGCCGGCAGCCCACCCACCAUUCCGCCAGACGCUACUCUGAUCUUUGAGCUGGAAAUGCUAAACUGGAAGGGCGAGGAUUUGAGUCCCAAUCAGGACGGCAGCAUUGAUCGCACCAUUCUGGAGGCUAGCGAUAAGAAGCGGUCACCCAGCGAUGGUGCCUUUGUCAAGGCCCAUAUUUCUGGCACUUUCGAGGGUCGCAUGUUUGAGGAACGCGAUGUAGAGUUCGAUUACGGUGAGGGCAGUGCCAUCGGCAUUAUCGAGGGUGUCGAGAUUGCCCUGGAGAAGAUGAACAUAGGCGAGACCUCCAAAAUCAAGAUCCAGUCAAAGUAUGCCUUUGGCGACAAGGGACAUGAUGAAUUUAAGAUCCCACCACGCUCUACCGUGGAGUAUACUGUGAAGCUCAUCGACUGCGGCAAGAAGCUGGAGGAGUGGAAGCUGAGCGACGAGGAACGCCUGGCAGAGGCCAAGGCAUACAAGGAGAAGGGCACCAACUAUUUCAAGAAAGAAAACUGGUCUCUGGCCAUCAAGAUGUACAACAAAUGUCAGAGCCUGCUGCCCACCAAUGCCGAUACAAACGAGGAGGUGAAGAAGGUCAAGAUCGCCACGCACAGCAAUAUUGCGCUGUGCCACCAGAAGUCCAACGAUCACUUUGAAGCCAAGCAGGAGUGCAACGCGGUUCUAGCUCUGGAUGAGAACAAUGUAAAGGCUCUUUAUCGUCGUGGUCAGUGCAACCUGACCAUCAAUGAGCUGGAUGAUGCUCUCGAAGAUUUCCAAAAGGUUAUCCAAUUGGAGCCGAACAACAAGGCCGCUGCCAACCAAGUUAUCAUCUGCAAGCAGAAGAUCAAGGAGAGCAAGAACAAAGAGAAGAAGCUCUAUGCCAACAUGUUCACCAAAUUGGCUGCCAACGAUAAAGAGGAUGAACCCGUGCGCGAAACCGACGUGCUGAGCAAGUGCGGCGAGUGGUCUGAAGAGGAUGCCAAACGCGAGGCUGAGCUCACGCUAGAGCGCGACAAUAUAAUCAUGAUCUAGAGCGGAUCAACAUCUUAGUGCUUUAAAUAUUAUUAUUAUUAUACCCCAAGGGCUUAUAGUCCCUCAUCGAAAAUCCAGUAAAUGUAAUGAAGAAAUGCUUAUUAUAUGAAAUACUUAAAUAAAACGCUUUGAGUGCUA